AUGUCGUCGCGCCAGCCCAGGUUCAACCAGCAAGCCCUCAUCGACACCACCCCUCUACCCGACGACAUCCCCAAGGUCAAGGAGCUCGGAGCCAGUUCUGCGCCCCUCCUCAGUGCCUCGUUCUUCAUUGGCGCGCGAUGCAAGGCCUACAACGAUGACUACAUGAUGUGCAAGACCGAGGCCAACGGCCGGGGAGAGUUCGACUGCAUGAAGGAAGGCCGCAAGGUCACCAGGUGUGCGGCUAGCGUUAUCAAGGACAUCAACGAGAACUGCCUGGAACAGUUCCGCACCCACUGGCAAUGCCUAGAGAACCACAACCAGCAACUGUGGAACUGCCGGUCAGAAGAGCGCAAGCUCAACAAGUGUGUAUUCGAGAAGUUGAAAUUGGAGAAGACGAUACCAGAUGCGCCAAAGGGCGAGACCCCAGUCCACCUGCGCACACGCAACAUCUUUGCGACCCACUGA